AUGGUUCAAAAAGUUUUAUUAUUAGGUUCGGGUUUCGUUGCUAAGCCAACAGUCGAUAUUUUAUCGCAAGACCCCAACAUUGAAGUCACUGUCGCAUGCAGAACAUUAUCCAAGGCUAAGGAGUUGGCUGGUGAUAAAGCCCAGGCUAUUUCAUUGGAUGUUAAUGACACCGCAGCUUUGGAUGCUGCAGUUGCUAAAUUUGACUUGGUUAUUUCAUUAAUUCCAUACACUUAUCAUGUCAAUGUCGUCAAAUCAGCCAUCAAGAAUAAAAAGCACGUUGUCACUACAUCCUACAUCAACCCACAAUUGAAGGCUUUGGAGAAGGAGAUUGAAGAUGCUGGAAUCACUGUGAUGAAUGAAAUUGGAUUGGAUCCUGGUAUUGACCAUUUGUACGCUGUCAAGGCCAUCGAGGAUGUUCAUAAAGAAGGAGGUAAGAUUAAAUCAUUCUUGUCAUAUUGUGGUGGAUUGCCAGCCCCAGAAAACUCCGAUAACCCAUUGGGUUACAAAUUCUCAUGGAGUUCUAGAGGUGUCUUGUUGGCGUUGAGAAAUGCUGCCAAGUAUUGGCAAGAUGGCAAGAUUGUUGAUGUGAAAUCCGAGGAUUUGAUGGCCACUGCAAAACCAUACUUUAUCUACCCUGGUUUUGCCUUGGUUUGCUACCCAAACAGAGACUCGACUACUUACAAAGAAUUAUACAAUAUCCCCGAGGCUGAAACUGUCAUUAGAGGUACCUUGAGAUUCCAAGGGUUCCCUGAAUUCAUUAAAGUUUUAGUUGACACUGGGUUUUUGAAAGAUGAAGAGACUGAAAUUUUCACCAAGCCUGGCCCAUGGAAUGAGGCCACUGCUAAAUUGAUUGGAGCAAAAUCUUCAUCUGCAGAAGAUAUCAUUGCUCAAAUCAAGAGCUUGACCAAGUUCAAAUCUGCCGAGGAUGAAGAACGUAUUCUUGAUGGAUUCAAGUGGUUGGGAUUAUUAUCCGACAAACAAUUGACCCCCAAGGGUAACCCAUUGGAUACAUUGUGUGCCACUUUGGAGCAAUUGAUGCAAUACGAACCAGGUGAGCGUGAUUUGGUUAUUUUGCAACACAAAUUUGGUGUUGAGAAUAAAGACGGUACAACUGAAACUAGAACUUCCACAUUGGUUGAUUAUGGUGAUCCAAAGGGCUAUUCUUCUAUGGCUAAAUUGGUUGGUGUUCCUUGUGCUGUGGCCACUAAACAGAUUUUGAAUGGUACAUUGAGCAAAAAGGGGUUAUUGGCGCCAAUGAGCUCAGAGAUUAAUGAUCCAAUUAUGAAAGAGUUGAAGGAUGAAUAUGGCAUUUACUUGGUUGAAAAGACUCUUUAG